UCACCUGGAAGAGGCUUGUUGAAUCUACAAUAUAAUUAAAAUAAUAUUUAACAAAACUAAAACAAUGGCGGACGAAAGCAUAACUCGGAUGAAUUUGUCGGCUAUUAAAAAAAUCGACCCAUACGCUAAAGAGAUUGUGGAUUCAUCAUCACAUGUUGCAUUUUACACUUUCAAUUCGGAGAAGAACGAAUGGGACAAAACUGAUGUCGAGGGAGCAUUUUUUAUUUACCAUCGAAAUGCAGAGCCAUUUCACAGCAUAUUUAUUAACAAUCGCCUAAAUACAAAUUCGUUUGUUGAACCUAUUGCUGGCAAUCUGGAAUUGAAGUCGCAGCCACCAUUUCUGCUGUAUCGUAACGAAAGAUCUCGCAUUCGUGGCUUCUGGUUCUAUAAUAGGGAAGAGUGUAUUCGCAUCAGCAAGGUGGUAAACAGUUUGCUCAUGAGCAAAGAGAGCAACGGCCAGCUUUCGUCAACAAUGCCUUCACUGCCUCAGCAGGGAAACUCAAACAUAUUCAACAUGCUUAGUCAGGCGCAGAAGGAGUACAAUGCUCAGAUAAUCAAUCAAGCCCCAAGUACAAUAACCCAGUGUGAGAACGUGACUCCUUGUAACGUGAUGAAGUUUUUCGAAUCGGCAAAGCAGGCUACAGUAGACGCCUCAAUGAAUCGACCGCAGCCACUUUCAGUCGAUCAGCUAGAGAAGCUGCAGCGUUCUGUUACACCGAAUGAUGGCACCGGGCUGUGCCCAACCUUAAGCAGAGACAAGGAAUUUGUAAACUCUGCCGAAAGUCCGAUUUCGCCCUUCAUUAAAGCUACAACUUCAGCGAUACCUCGAAACCUUAAUAAUUCCAUUUCGCUAUUAAAUGAACUGAAGUUUGAUAAACCAAUUGAGGAUGCACCAGCGUCGGCCUUGCUUGCGAGCGAUGAAGCUGAGGAAUGCCUAAGACGGCUACUCGUCGGCGAUAAGCCAGCGGAUUCCAAGCCAGCAUUAAUGCCACCAACAAUGUUUGAUGUGCCCAACACGAGAGUAAAGCCCGGACCGUCGCAGCAACCAAUACAACCACUGAAUACUGUCCAAUUUGUGCAGGCAUUCACUUAUCUUAUUCACAACGACAAGGAGUUUGUCAAAAAGCUGCAUAAUGCAUAUGUCCAUAUGAUUGACUCAAAGACAACAUAUCAAUAAUUGAUUAAAGAAUAAUUUUUGAAUCCAGCAA